GCGGGAACUUGUCCGGAGGAUUUUAACUUGGGGAGGGGCCUAGGAGUGCCCGGCAGGGCAGGAACUCCGGGGCAGCUCAGGCAGCCCCUUGACCCAGGACGUCUGGAACUCAAGGAGCAGCCAGUUCUGCCUGGGACACCCUUUGGCCUCCCGAGGCAGAGGGAGGACCCAGGACGAUGGCUGCUGCUCAUGAUGUGGAGAUAGAGGAGGAUGUGAAUCUGAAUAUGGAUAGAGAGCUGAAAGACGAGCUGGAAGAAGAGAAGAGAAUGAGAGAGGACAGGGCAGGUAAAGAGCCCUUCAAGCAUAACAAGGUCCACAGGAUCGUCUCAAAAUGGAUGCUUCCUGAACCCGUGCGAGGAACGUACCUGGAAAGAGCUAACUGCCUCCCGCCCCCUGUGUUCAUCAUCUCCAUCAGCCUCGCCGAGCUGGUGGUGUUUAUUUACUAUGCUGUGUGGAAGCCUCAGAAACAGUGGAUCACCUUGGACACAGGCAUCUUGGAGAGUCCCUUCAUCUACACUCCCGAGAAGAGGGAGGAAGCCUGGAGGUUUAUCUCAUACAUGCUGGUCCAUGCUGGAGUUCAGCACAUCCUGGGGAACCUUGUGAUGCAGCUUGUUUUGGGGAUCCCCUUGGAGAUGGUUCAUAAAGGCCUCCGGGUGGGGCUGGUGUACCUGGCGGGAGUGAUUGCAGGAUCCCUUGCCAGCUCCAUCUUUGACCCACUCAAAUCUCUUGUGGGUGCUUCAGGAGGAGUUUAUGCUCUGAUGGGAGGCUAUUUCAUGAAUGUUCUGGUGAAUUUUCGAGAAAUGAUUCCUGCCUUUGGAAUUGUCAGACUGCUGAUCAUCAUCCUUAUAAUUGCGUUGGACAUGGGAUUUGCUCUCUACAGAAGGUUCUUUGUCCCUGCAAACGGGUCCCCGGUGUCUUUUGCAGCUCACAUUGCAGGUGGAUUUGCUGGAAUGUCCAUAGGCUACACCGUGUUCAGCUGCUUUGAUAAGGCACUCCUGAAAGAUCCAAGGUUUUGGGUAGCAAUUGCAGCUUAUUUAGCUUGCGUCUUAUUUGCUGUGUUUUUCAACAUUUUCCUAUCCCCAGCGAACUGACUUGCCCCUAACACGAACCGAUGAAUGAGUAAUGCCAUCUGGGGAAAAAAACAAACAAACUAGAAUUCUAUGAAGAAACAGAGAAGUUCCAGCAAACGCUAACAAUUUUAUAAAAAGGCCGAAACACUCCUGAAGUCAUUGGUUUCAAAGGCUGCUUACAAAAGGAGUUAUGGUUUAAGGAAGGGGCUCCUCUGAGUGUAAAGGGGAGGAAGAGGAAGAGAGAAAAGGGAAGGGAAAUGAGAGAGAGAGACGGGCUUUCUCCUAAGCAUGUGCUGUGUGGGUCUGUAUCCUCUAAAAGAGAUUUGCUCUCUUGGGAGGAUAUAGUGUAGAGACUGCUUGAUAGAAUCCACAAAAAAUGUACUAUGCUGAUAAUAAAACCUUUCAUAUCUGUCAGACUAUUGAUUAUCACUUUCCAUCUGGUUCGAGUUGAUAGGUCACUGUUUAUAUGCAUUAUUGCUAAUCUUUUUUGUUUGUUUUUUAGGCAGCACCUGCGGCAUUUGGAAGUUCCCAGGCCAGGAGUCAAAUCAGAACUGCAGCUGCUGGUCUACGCCACAGCCACAGCAAUGCCAGAUCCCAGUCACGUCUGUGACCUACAGCUCAUGGCAACGAUGGGACCCUUAACCCACUGGGUGAGGCCAGGGAUCAAACCCACAUCCUCAUGGAUACUAGUCAGGUUUAUAAGCUGCUAAGCCACAACAGGAACUCCUAUUUGCUAAUCUUUUUAACAACAUGAAAGACAACUACUUCUCUAUAUCUUAGAGAGGAAAAUAUGCAAACUCUUCCAAAAAAAAAAAAAAAAAAAUGAAGCAACUUGUCUAAGAGGGGGCAGAUUUAAAGGUUGACUUGACAGCCCAUACUCUCCUGCCUAUCCCUACUGUGUUCCCCAAAUACCGAAAGUUAAUGAGUUCACAGGAGUAUGGGAAUAAGCAUUUCUGUGGGUGCACCGGGAAUGGUAGAAAUACCUUAUAAUAAGAAGACUGAUAAUUCUCUUGGCAGCUAGUUUAAGAGCUGAACAGUGUGUCUAGAGUCCCAAGGAACUUGGAAUUGUAUUCCUGGCGCACACUAUGUACCUGGAUUCUUUGGAGUUUCAUGAUAAGAUUCUUAUCCUUCACAUGGCUGGUGGCUCUCCUAUGAGUGGGUAGGAUUUCUUUACAAAAGGCAAAAUGUCAUAUCUGAAAGCUGAGAUGCCUGUGUCCUUUUCCUGUAGAGCACCCAGACUGCUGGCCAUUCUUUGUCCAAAAUAGUAGUUUUAGGUCAUCUGAAUGUAAGAAAUACAUUUUUUUCCCUCUUUCAUCAUCAAUAUGUUUUAUUUAUAAACACUUACCUUAAUAUGUUGCUGUAUUCUGAAAGGAGCAUAUAUUGCUUAAUUAGCUAUACUGAGAAAAGCAGUAUUUUAGAAUUUGGGGAAAAGCUGAUCUGGGAUUUGUUUAAAGUUUUCUUUUAAACUGUAUUGGAAUUUAGCUGAUUUACAAUAUUGUAUUGGUUUCAGGUGUAUAGCAAAAUGAAUCAGUUGUGCAUAUCUAUUCCUUUUCCCAGAGAGGUGAUUACAGAACCUAUUGAGUAGACCUCCCUGUGCUAUAUAGUGGGUCCUUGUUACUAUCUAUUUUAUAUAUAGUAGUGUGUAUGUGUUAAUCCCAUCCUUCCAAUUUACCCCUCCCCCUCUACAGUUUCCCCUUUGGUAACCAUGAGUUUCAUUUUGAAAUCUGUAAGAUUUUUUUUAAUAAAUAAGUUCAUUUUUAUU